GCUCUCAGUCAGCGAUGCGGGCCGGGGAGGUGAUGCCGCGGCUGGGGGCCGUCGCUCCGCUGCUGCUGCUGCUGCUGCUCGCUGUGGUCGAGUCGGCGCCCCGGGCUCCCAGCAAGGCCUCGCCACAGCCGCGCUACACCCCCGACUGGCCGAGCCUGGACUCCCGGCCGCUGCCGGAGUGGUUCGACGAGGCCAAGUUCGGGGUGUUCGUGCACUGGGGCGUGUUCUCCGUGCCGGCCUGGGGCAGCGAGUGGUUCUGGUGGCACUGGAAGGGCCAGUCGCUGCCCCGAUACCAGAGCUUCAUGCGGGACAACUACCCGCCCGGCUUCAGCUACGCCGACUUCGGGCCGCAGUUCACGGCGCGCUUCUUCCACCCGGAGGACUGGGCCGACCUCUUCCAGGCCGCGGGGGCCAAGUAUGUAGUCCUGACAACAAAGCAUCAUGAAGGCUUCACAAACUGGCCAAGUCCUGUGUCUUGGAACUGGAACUCUCAGGACCUGGGACCCCAUCGUGAUUUGGUUGGUGAGUUGGGAACAGCUGUCCGGAAGAGGAACAUACGCUAUGGACUCUACCACUCACUUUUAGAGUGGUUCCAUCCGCUCUACCUACUUGAUAAGAAAAAUAACUUCAAAACACAACAUUUUGUCAGUGCAAAAAUAAUGCCAGAGCUGUAUGACCUUGUUAACAGAUACAAGCCUGAUCUGAUCUGGUCUGAUGGCGAGUGGGAAAGUCCUUACACUUACUGGAACUCCACAAAUUUUCUUGCUUGGCUCUACAAUGAUAGCCCUGUCAAGGAUGAGGUAGUUGUAAAUGACCGAUGGGGUCAGAACUGUUCCUGUCACCAUGGAGGAUACUUUAACUGUGAAGAUAAAUUCAAGCCAGAGAGCUUGCCAGAUCACAAGUGGGAGAUGUGCACAAGCAUUGACAAGAUGUCCUGGGGCUAUCGUCGCGACAUGUCGAUAUCUGACAUUACAGGGGAAUCCGAAAUCAUUUCGGAACUGGUUCAGACAGUAAGUCUGGGAGGCAACUAUCUUCUGAACAUUGGACCAACUAAAGAUGGAUUGAUUGUUCCCAUCUUCCAAGAAAGGCUUCUUGCUGUUGGGAAGUGGCUGAGCAUCAAUGGGGAGGCUAUCUAUGCCUCCAAACCAUGGAGGGUGCAACUGGAAAAGAACACGACGUCUGUAUGGUAUACCUCAAAAGGAUCAACUGUUUAUGCUAUUUUUCUACACUGGCCAGAAAAUGGAGUCUUAAACCUUAAAUCCCCUAUAACUUACUUUACUACAAAGAUAACAAUGCUGGGAGUCCAAGAAAAUCUGAAGUGGUCCACAGAUCCGGAUAAAGGCCUCCUCAUUUCUCUGCCCCAGUUGCCACCCUCUGCUGUCCCAGUGGAGUUUGCUUGGACUUUAAAGCUGACAAAAGUGAAGUGAUCAUUGUAGUUCGAGAGGAAAAGAACCACUGCCUGCUGUUUGCUCCUUUGAUUUUCCUCUUAUAGUAUCAUCACUAUAAUAAACUAACUUCUCUUCCCCACACGGAGAUGGCUUUUCCAAAACAUUUUAAUCAAAGGAACUGCGUAUAUCACACUUAAGUCUUAAUGGACCAAAGUUCUGAGAUCCAUUGCCAGCAUAUCUUUUGUCAGCAGCAGAAGGAACCAAACACUUAAACUCUGAGUUCUUCCACUGCUGUAUCUGGGAAUCAUCUAUAGCAGAAGCUUUCCUCUGUUCUCUAUUUGAUAACCUACUUGCUUACUUAAUGACUUCAGAUAAAGAAUAAGCCAAGUCACCCUACCGCCUAUGGGAGGAGGUGGAAAGGGUUUGGCAAACUCAACCUCAUGCUCUUUUUUUUAGCAUCAAUUGUGACCAACACUCCUCCCCCAGACUGCAGGAGACCUGGAGGGGAAGGAAGAGGCUUGCUAGGCUGCUUAUGGUCAACUCUUCAGGAGUUCCAAAGUAAAUGAAGAGCUCAGAAAUUCAGUAUGUUUAUAGAGAUACUAUUAAGAAAAUGAAUGUGAUUCUGCUGUGUCUUUUAAAAUAUCAUCAAAUAAAUAAAUUUGAAUGUCAAAUCAUUUCUACCAAAAA